AUCCCUAUGUUAGUGUAUUACAAUGAUUAAAGAGUAUAGGUGUAUUAUCUAUAAAUGACAUUCUAAAGUCUAGAAAUAAAAUGAAUUAUUGAACACUGUUUACGUGAAAAAAAUUUAAAACGCAAAGUUUUAUUUUCAAGUAUGAUCGAUGGGAUUUGGUUUUAGUUUUCCAUUUAAUCUUUUUAUGUAAUAAUACAUAAACUUCACAUUUGAAUGUUUAUCAUUGUCUGUGCCAUAGUCAUUUAAUCCGAACAGUCGUAAACAAGCUCGUAAUAAAUAUAACAAACGUAUUAAAACAAACUAACAAUGAGUUAUAUGAGUGAAUUAUCACAGUCUAAUGAAUACUUGAGUUUCCGAAGUAGUAUUCCGCUGAGAAAAAUAAUUGUGGACUCUGACAGCUCUAAGGCAUGGAAAAUUUUCGAUAGCGGCCCAAAAUCUGUGAGCUGUCCCUUAGUCUGUUUGCCACCUGUUUCUGGAACAGCUGAUAUUUUUUUUAAACAAGUAAUGGGUUUAGCCUCUAGGGGCGUGAGAGUAAUAGCAGCAGAACCUCCUCCAUAUUGGAAUAUGAAAGAAUGGUGUGAUGGUUUCAAAAGGCUUUUAGAUUACCUAGAACUGCACAAAGUCCAUUUAUUUGGAGCAUCAUUGGGUGGUUUCAUUGCUCAAAAAUUCACAGAGAUAACAAAAAACUGUCCACGUGUGGCUUCCUUAGUACUCUGCAACACAUUCACAGACACAUCAGUGUUUGAGUACAAUGACUCGGCUGCAUUGUUCUGGCUUCUCCCUUCAUUAGUGCUUAAGAGAAUGCUUAUGGGUAAUUUCACAACAGACAAAGUGGACAGACGAAUGGCUGAAUCUAUUGACUUCAUGGUGGAAAGACUGGAAUCACUCACUCAAACAGAAUUAGCUUCAAGGCUGACAAUAAACUGCAGUCCGUGUUAUGUUCAACCGCAUUUAUUAACCAACAUUCCAAUAACGGUGAUGGAUGUUUGGGAUGAAAGUGCUCUAUGCUCUCGUGUCAGAGAGGAUGUUUAUAAGUCAUACCCACAUGCAAAAUUGGCACACUUAAAGAGUGGUGGAAACUUUCCAUAUUUGAGUAGAAGUGAUGAGGUCAAUUUGCAUUUAUUGAUUCACCUAAGACAGUUUGAUGGCACAGAACUAUCCCCUUCAUAUUUAAGUCUACAUAAAAUGCCGUCGCCAUCAAACAAUAACCCAGAGGAAGGCAGUGUCAGCUACUUUAAUCAAAAAGAGAAGUUUGUUAAAAUAGCUUGAGCCAAUUAUACUUUUAAGAAUAUGUAAACUGAAGCUUUGUUGCUAAUAAAUUGCAGCAUUCCUAUAAUUAGGCGGGCCUCUUACAAGGUGUAUGACCUUAGUGAGGCCUCAUUUUAUAUAAGCUUAUAAUAAUUAUUAUCAGCCGGAAUUGUUACACAAAAUUAUAAAAACUGUAAUAGUGAGAUAAUUUAUUGGACGAGCGACACAUAACGUAAAUCUAAAUAUAUAAUAUACUCAAAUAAAUUUAUAUUCAUAUUAUAUCUGUAUUAAGCAAAGUUAUAAUAUUCCUAUGAAAGAUUAAUCUGUGUCGUUAAAUUCAUGUAUAGUGUGACUAGCAAUAAACUAGUCUUAUAUUUAGCAUUUAAGAAAUGAAAUAAAUUUUGUAUAUUUUUA